AUGCUGCAGCCUUACAGCUGGCGCCGCCGUGACGGCGGCGCGGCUGCUCACGGUUUCUUCAACGGCAGGGUGCUGAAGGAGUCCCUGGGCCAGGCCCUCGUCACCUUCUUCCCGGUGGCCGGGAGGUUGGCCCAGGCCCAGGACGAAUCGGGCCGGUUUGAAAUCGACUGCAACGGCCAAGGCGUCCUUUUCGUCGAGGCGGAAACUGACGUCACCAUCUCCGAGUUGGGCGAUUUCCAGCCUGCUCCCGAGUUGAUGCAGUUGGUCCCGCAAGUUGACUUCUCCAAGGGCAUUUCCUCCUUCCCGCUGCUUCUCGUGCAGGUGACGAGAUUUCGAUGCGGCGGAGUUUGCCUGGGGAUCGGGUACCAACACGCAAUCUCUGACGGUAAAGGAUUCUACAAUCUGCUGACUGCAUGGUCUAGCCUAGCUCGUGGCCUAUCCGUCGCCACGAACCUGCUGCCUUUCCUCGAUCGAACAAUUCUCCGGUCAAGAUCUCCGCCGUCUCCCACGUGGCAACACCCCGAGUACUGCGAAUCAAUUGACGAAGAGCAGCAAACCCCGCCGCCGUCUGCGUUGUCAACUUCCACACGGAUCCUAAGCUUGUCCCUCGACCAAAUCAUGCGCUUGAAAGAGAAAGCCAACAGUAGUACUAACGGCGACGAUAUUAAUCGUUACUACACCACCUACGAGGUGCUGACGGCGCACAUCUGGCGGUGCGUGACCGUAGCCCGCAGCUUCGCCGACAGAAACCAGCCCGUCACUCUCCACGUUACCAUCGACGGCCGGAGGAGGUUCGAGCCGGCUUUGCCGCCUGGCUACUUCGGCAACUGCUUGUUCCACGCCGUGGUGGCGGCGUCGACGGCGGAGCUAGCUUCGGAGUCGCUGCACCGGACGGCCGGGAGGAUCAGGAGGGCGAUAAGGAGGAGCGACGAUGAGUACAUGAGAUCGUCCAUAGACUAUCUGGAGCGAGCGGGAGGAUCCACGAUUCGAAUCCCUGGAAUUUCCGGGUCGCCCCACCUCAAGGUCAUAAGUUGGGCCCAGCUGCCAUUCGGACAGGACUUCGGGUGGGGAGACCCGAUUUUCGUUCGGCCAGCGUGCUCGUGGGAAGGGUCGUGUCUCUUACUGCCGAAACCCAGAGACGAAGACGGCGGCCUGUCGUUCUCCAUUUGCUUGGAGGCCGCCGCGAUGGAGAGAUUCAAAGGGUUAUUGACUACUGAUGAUAGUACUGUACUAAGCACCACCACCGCUACUUCAUUGCCACGACUUGAUUCUCGUUUGUGA